AUGGGUGAAUCAAAGACGCUCGCCCAUGAUUCAACCCAAGAGUUUUCUGGGGAUGAAACCACUGUCCUUGGAGGUCAUGAUGGACUAUGGAUUCAAUUCCUGACAUGGGCACGAUGGUAUCCAAGAGACAUGAAUCAUUUAGAAAAGCGACUGGUACUGAAAUUGGACGUUCUGAUUCUGACAUUCGGCUGCCUUUCGUUCUUCACGAAAUACCUUGACCAGCAGGCCAUUACAAAUGCUUACGUAUCAGGAAUGAAAGAAGACAUUGGACUCGUCGGUAAUGAACUCAAUUACAUUACAGCCGCAUUCUGGGCAGCAUAUUGUGCAUCCAUGAUCCCUGCAUGCUAUUUUCUGACCAGAAGUCGAAUCAAUAUCAUUCUACCUACGUUAGAAGCCGGGUGGGGCCUGUUCACAUUUGGAUGUGCCUGGGCACAGAAUCCGGGCACUAUCUACGCGAUGCGGGUUCUCAUCGGCAUCUGCGAAUCAUGCUCCUUUACCGGCGUGAUAUAUGUCAUUGGAUCGUGGUAUAAGCCUGAAGAAAUCGGUCGUCGAGUGUCGCUAUUCUUCAUCGCAUCACCUCUGGGGACAAUGUUCGCUGGUUAUCUUCAGGCGGCCGCGUAUACCAAUCUGAACAAUACGCAUGGGUUGGCCGGAUGGAGGUGGCUUUUCAUCGUCUGCACCAUCAUCACAAUACCCAUAUGUAUCCUUGGCUAUAUAGCAUUCCUAGACGUCCCGCAUCGUGCGAAACCCAGGUUCCUAACUCAUAAAGAGCACGAACUCGCCAAUUCCCGCCUCGUAGGCCUCACAGCUCCAAGCCAACUGAAAGUCUCCCGUGACAUUUUUAAGCGUGUGCUCGGUCGUUGGCACUGGUACGUCUUCGUUGCGCAGUGGAUCCUCAUUGACCAGAACUUUCUGGCUUCGUCCACACCAUUCAGUUUGUACCUCAAAGCAAAACCGGACCUCUAUUCUGUCACAAGAAUCAAUACCCUGCCGACAAUUGCAACGGCUGUUUCUAUUGUAGCUGCCUUGAUCGCGGGGACCGCGGCGGACAAGAAGAGGAAUUUCUGGCUUCCUUCUAUCAUCACUACAAUUCCAGUUCUAUUGGGUCUUGUUUUACUUGUAGUUUGGAAAGUGGGUGAGGCUGGACGACUGGCGGGCUUUAUUCUUACCGGAGCUGAGGGUGCUUAUCCGCUAGCAAUGAGCCCUCUCACAAUGAGCUGGGCAACCGUAACGAUGGCUAACGACGCCGAAGAGCGUGCAAUUGUGACGGCCAGUAUGAACGCUAUCGGCCAAGCCAUGUCCGCUUGGACACAACUAUUACAGUACCCAGCAGUGGAAGCCCCGAACUUCAGGGGAGGGUUUAUCUCGAAUCUGGCAACAACCGUGGCGCAGUUGGCGGUUGUUGCGAUUAUGUUCUCGUCCGCGGAAGCCAUGGAUCGAGACGCCGUUGAUAGAGUCUGCGACGUUGUCAAAGGCAGCAGAUGUAGAGUCUUUCUGAAACUAGAACUGCUUCAACCUUCAGGGUCCUUCAAGUCGAGAGGUAUCGGAAAUCUGAUUCGCAGCGCUCUCCUGGAUCCUGCAAACAAAGACAAGGAGCUUCACUUCUACAGUUCUUCGGGCGGAAAUGCAGGGCUAGCCGCCGUCAUCGCAGCCCGAGAUCUGGGCUGCCACUGCACAGUCGUCGUACCACAUAGCACCAAGCCUCUCAUGAUUAGCAAGCUGCGCGCUGCUGGAGCUACAGAUGUGAUCCAGCAUGGGUCAAGCUGGUUCGAGGCCGACACUUAUCUACGGCAAACCUUCAUCGAAAAGGAGGCAGACGAGAAAGACGCUGACGCGGCUGAGCAACGGAACAUCUAUGUGCCCCCAUUUGAUCAUCCAGAUGUCUGGAAAGGUGCGGGGACAAUGGUUUCGGAAAUUGCUACCCAGUUACCGCCCAGAGACACUCCUGCAGGCUAUGCUUUCCCCGCUGAUGCCAUUGUAUGUAGCGUUGGUGGCGGAGGUCUCUUUAAUGGGAUUGUGGAAGGACUUGGGGAUUACAUGCGAUCUCAUCCGACACCAGACUUGAUAGCUGGUACAACGUCAAAGAAUGUCUGUGUGUUGGCUGCUGAGACAAAUGGAGCAGAUUCUCUGGCGCUCUCGCUGCGGAGCGGAAGUCUGCAGUCGCUUCCGGCGAUCUCCUCCCUGGCGACUUCUUUGGGUGCGCUUCGUGUGGCUCCUCAGACUUUGAAGAAUGCUCAGUCACCACCAGCCGGUGUUGACGUUGUCAGUGUUGUUGGAUCCGACGCUGAGGCUGCGAAGGGAAUCAUUCACUUGGCUGAUGAGCUUCGGUUGCAGGUGGAGCUGGCAUGCGGGAUCAGUGUUGAAAUAGCGGCAGGGCCAAGGUUGAGGGAAGCUGUUCCAGAUCUUACUCCGGACAGUCGGGUGGUUGUGGUUGUUUGUGGAGGAAGCAAUAUCACCGCGGAGAUGAUUGCUGAAUAUCGGCAGAGAUUGCAGAAUGGAUGGAAAUAG